AUGUCCUUCAGUGGCACCCAGGACAAAUGCAAGGCAUGCGAGAAGACUGUCCAUUUCAUCGAUCUCUUGACCGCCGAUGGAGUCACCUAUCAUAAGACCUGCUUCAAAUGCAGUCACUGCAAGGGCACUCUCUCGAUGUGCAACUACUCUUCCAUGGAUGGUGUCCUCUACUGCAAACCUCACUUUGAGCAGCUCUUCAAGGAGACAGGAACCUUCACCAGAAAGUUUCCUACAGGUACAAAGUCUGGAGAGAGGAAUGAACAGUCCAAGGCACCAACCAAGAUCUCCUCCAUGUUCUGUGGAACUCAAGACAAGUGUGCCACCUGCAAGAAAACAGCAUACCCCUUGGAAACGAUGACCAUGGAAGGAGAGUCGUACCACAAGACCUGCUUCAAGUGCUCCGUCGGCGGCUGCAUGCUCACGCCUUCGUCCUACGCCGCGCUCGACGGCAUCCUCUACUGCAAGCACCACUUCGCGCAGCUGUUCAUGGAGAAGGGCAGCUACAACCAUGUGAUCCAGGCUGCUUUGGAGAAGCAGAAUGCCGGGGAGCAGCCGCCGUCGUCCGAGCCAACGCCUGAACCCACCGAGGACCAGGAGCAGACAUAAGGGCGUGAACACAGCGAGAGCAUUAAACCUCGU